AUGGGGUUUCGUUUUAAUCUCAACGCCUGGCUGAGGUUUGUUUGUGAACAUCUGGGAGCUCCAGACAUGGGAGAAUUGGCGCCUAUUACAGAAGUUUGUGGAGCCAAGCGCGUGGGUUAUUUUGGUCCUGCUCAGUUUUAUCUUGCUUUGAAGUUAAUCGCGGCAGCCCAGUCAGGGUUCCCAGUACGGAUUGAGAGCAUUAAGAAUGAAUUGCCUCUGCCGCGGUUUGUGGCGCUGAAAAAUGACAGUGAAUUACGUUAUGGAACUCCAGCAGAACUCCAUGGAGUUAAAUUUCAGGUUCCACAUGCAACUUUGGAAAAAAAUUCCUACAAAAGAACAGAUGAAGGGGACAAACAGGAACCCAAAUCUCCACGGAUGUCUCCAAUCUGCUCACCUCCUGCUUCUCCAUCUACUUAUCAGAGAAUACCCUUGAGUUAUGGAUAUGGUAAAUCAAGAAGUGGGCUGGAGCAGCAGCAUGGAGCUCCUUAUGAAGUCAGACACUCUACUCACCAGCAAGAUGGACCAUCAUCAGGGAAUUAUGGAGCCAAACCUGCACUUGCCUGUUCAACUCUUAAUCGGUCUCUUUCAGCCGAGCGGGAGCAGCAGGACAGCAGUGCCCACUACUCAGAUGACCCUUGGAGGAUAACAGAGGAGCAGCGAGACUACUACAUCAACCAGUUCAGGUCCCUGCAGCCUGACCUGAACUCCUUUAUUUCAGGUUCCGUGGCUAAGAAUUUCUUCACAAAAUCAAAGCUGCCCAUCCCAGAGCUUUCUCACAUCUGGGAGCUGAGCGACGUGGAUUGUGACGGGGCACUGACACUCCCAGAAUUUUGUGCUGCUUUCCACCUCGUGGUUGCAAGGAAGAACGGUUACCAGCUGCCAGAGACGCUGCCAGAGACACUGCUGCCUGAGUACCUUCAAGCAGCUUCUUUGAAGCCCGUGUGUGACUGCACACUAUUUGAUUCUUAUUCUGAGUCAUUGCCAGGCGGUCAGCAGACUCGUGACUUCAGUCGGACGGAGAAGACAACAGCUGAAGAGGUACCUGAUAACUCUGCCCUGUUACAGGAUGGAAAGAAAGAUGAAAAACAAGCUCUUAAAGCAAGCACUGCUUUCAAAACAAUACCAAAGGAAUUUCAGCAUUUAACUGUGAAAACAGCUGCUCAGGAAUCAAAUGUACUUAGAGCCAGACCACGAUCCAGGUCUUAUUCUAGCACAUCAAUAGAAGAUGCCAUGAAAAAGGGAGAAGAGCCCCCUACUCCGCCUCCAAGGCCACAGAAAUCACAUUCCAGAGCUUCCUCUUUGGAUCUGAACAAAAUAUUUCAACAAAACACACAAGCUGUGAGGUCUGGCUGGCUGCCCCCACCACCACCUGCACUGCCCCCUCGACCUUCUGCAUCUCAG